CCGUGCCCGUGCCGUGCCCGGCGUGGGUCCCAGAAAAUUCGCAGGUGCGGGCGACCAAGCGGAAAAGGGGGCGAUGCUGAUCUCGGGUAGAGCGACGGGACCUCCCAGCGCCGCCUGAGCCACGAGGCCACCCUGGACAGUGUCACUUGGUGGAGAAGGAAGACUGAAACGCGCUUGAGAGCCAGGUGGUAGCCACUUGCUUGCCACUGCCCAGCCAAGUGGCAGCCCAGACCCCAGGAGCAGCAAGUGGCUGCAGGUCAUAGAUAGAACAUGAGAGUGGGGGUGACCACCUUCGCUCCUCUCUCCCCUGCCUCAAACACAAGCACGGUAAAAUCCACUGCCUUCUCCCCUGUGGACUAUGUGGUCUUCACCCUGCUGCUGGUUCUCUCCCUUGCCAUUGGGCUCUACCAUGCCUGUCGUGGCUGGGGCCGGCAUACCAUUGGUCAGCUGCAGAUGGCGGACCGCAAAAUGGGCUGCCUUCCCGUGGCGCUGUCCCUGCUGGCCACCUUCCAGUCAGCUGUGGCCAUCCUGGGUGUGCCGUCCGAGAUCUACCGAUUUGGGACCCAGUAUUGGUUCCUGGGCUGCUCCUAUUUCCUGGGGCUGCUGAUCCCUGCACACAUCUUCAUCCCUGUCUUCUACCGUCUGCAUCUCACCAGUGCCUAUGAGUACCUGGAGCUCCGAUUCAAUAAGACUGUGCGGGUUUGUGGGACCAUUACCUUCAUCUUUCAGAUGGUGAUCUACAUGGGGGUUGUGCUCUAUGCACCAUCACUGGCGCUCAAUGCAGUGACUGGCUUUGAUAUUUGGCUCUCAGUGCUGACCCUAGGCAUUGUCUGUACUGUCUACACUGCUCUGGGUGGGCUGAAGGCAGUCAUCUGGACAGAUGUGUUCCAGACACUGGUCAUGUUCCUAGGGCAGCUGGCGGUUAUCAUUGUGGGGUCGGCCAAGGUGGGCGGCUUGGAGCGUGUGUGGGAUGUGGCUUCCCAGCAUGGCCGUAUCUCUGGGAUCGAGCUAGAUCCGGACCCUUUUGUGCGGCACACUUUCUGGACCUUGGCCUUCGGGGGUGUCUUCAUGAUGCUCUCCUUGUAUGGGGUGAACCAGGCGCAGGUGCAGCGCUACCUCAGCUCCCGCACGGAGAAGGCUGCUAUACUCUCCUGCUAUGCGGUCUUCCCUUGCCAGCAGGUGGUCCUCUGCAUGAGCUGCCUCAUUGGCCUGGUCAUGUUCACCUACUACAAGGAGUAUCCCAUGAGCACCCAACAGUCGGAGGCAGCGCCCGACCAGUUCGUGCUGUACUUUGUGAUGGAUCUCCUGAGGGGCCUGCCUGGCCUGCCUGGGCUCUUCGUCGCCUGCCUCUUCAGUGGCUCCCUCAGCACCAUAUCCUCUGCUUUUAACUCACUGGCAACUGUUACGAUGGAAGACCUGGUUCGACCCUGGUUCCCUCAGUUCUCAGAAGCCCGGGCCACCAUGCUUUCCAGAAUCCUUGCCUGUAGUUAUGGGCUGCUCUGCCUGGGAAUGGCCUAUAUCUCCUCCCAGAUGGGACCAGUGCUGCAGGCAGCCAUCAGCAUCUUUGGCAUGGUGGGGGGGCCGCUGCUCGGACUCUUCUGCCUUGGGAUGUUCUUCCCCUGCGCCAACCCUCCUGGUGCCGUUGUGGGCCUGUUGGCUGGACUCAUCAUGGCCUUCUGGAUCGGCAUUGGGAGCAUCGUGACCAGAAUGGGCUCUGGCACGGUACCCUUGCCCUUGAAUGGGUCCCACUUUUCCCUGCCUAGCAAUCUGUCCACCAUCGCCAUGACCACGCCAAUGCCCUCGACCACCCUCUCCAGGCCCACGGGACUGCAGCGGCUCUACUCCCUGUCCUACAUGUGGUACAGCGCUCACAACUCCACCACAGUCAUUGUGGUGGGCCUGCUUGUCAGUCUCCUCACUGGGGGAAUGCGGGGCCGGACCCUGAACCCUCGGACCAUUUACCCAGUGGUGCCAAAACUCCUUGCCCUCCUGCCUGUGUCCUGCCAGAAGCGACUUCGCUGCAAAAGCCACAGCCAGGGCCUCUUUGGGGACACCACAGUGCUCCCCGAGAAGAUGAGUAAUGGGAUGCUGAAGGGCAUCAGAGACAAGGAGGCCGUGGCAGAGCCUAUCAAAGGUCCCCUUCACCCAGGCAGCAGCCCCACCUUCAUCGUCCAGGAGACCUCACUGUGAUCUGGACUCGGGCCCAGCCUGAGUCUACCCUGUGGAACAGGGACGCACUACUUGAUGUGUACUGCAGGGGGCUGGAUGGCCAGGUGACCGGGCCCACACCAAAGGACUCUGUAAUCCUAGGGGUCUGUGCUAGGAGCUGUCAGGCCUUGGAGGUGUGAGGGUGGGACAGGGUGUUGCCAGAAAAGAAGAUAGAAGGGCAUCCUCUGGGGAGAGGAUCAAGUUCCUUUGAAGUGAGUGGAGCCCGCAGUGCAGGUUGCAACUGCCAUGGGCCUGUUCUGGCAAGGUCGACCACCUCCACCACAAAGUGCUGUUACUUCCCAUGCACCCAGCCACAGGGCCGCUGUGCCUGCUUUCAGGUUAUCGGUGACACACAGGCCCCUCUGUUCUUAUCUGUCUACCUCCGUUCUUGAGAGGGAGGUUUUGGUGUUCCUGGGAGGCCUCUCAGAACAGACAGGUACAUUCAUCUCCUUUGUGUAGAGUAGGGGAAGCGUUCCGCCCGCAGCCUCCAGCCCCACAUCCAAUGGGCACUUGGGAGUGGCGCAGAUUUAAUCUAAGAAACCAGGGCAUGACCAGCUCCACUGUGGAGUGUCCAUGUUGACUCCUGAGCCACACCUCCCUAGUAUCAUUUUGUUAUU